GAGUUGUAGUCGGCGCCCGGGGAGGCGGCCCAGGUGGCGCUGCCGGGCCAGUGACCGCCCGGGCGGAGCCUAGGAACGAGGCCGAUGGCUGCCGUGGCCGUGGCUGUUCGCGAGGACUCGGCGUCAGGCAUGAAGGCGGAGCUGUCCCCGCGGCCCGGGGCCGGCGGUCGGGAGCUGACCCAAGAAGAGAAGCUGCAGCUUCGGAAGGAAAAGAAGCAGCAGAAGAAGAAACGGAAGGAGGAGAAGGGCGCCGAAGCCGAAGCCGGCCCCCCUGCUUCGGCAGCCCCGUGCCGAGCUGGCCCAGCCGCAGAGCCGCCCGCCCCGGGCAGCCAGCCUGGACCUGCUGGAGAGAAAGUUCCAGCCGGCCGGAGUAAAGCUGAACUUCGUGCUGAACGGCGGGCCAAGCAGGAGGCCGAGCGGGCCCUGAAGCAGGCAAGGAAAGCAGAAGCAGGAGGGCCACCCCCCCAGGCCUCCCCGGGCACCGUGGGACAACCCCCCUCAGGCGUGAAGCCGACGCCGGAGCACUCGAAGACAGAUGACCUCACACUCCUGAAGAGGCUUAUUAAGAGACCCGAGCGGCAGCAGGUGCCUGCCCGGAAGGAUUAUGGAUCCAAAGUCAGUCUCUUCUCCCAUCUGCCCCAGUACAGCCGGCAGAACUCUCUGACCCAGUAUAUGAGCAUCCCGUCGUCUGUGAUCCACCCAGCCAUGGUGCGCCUCGGCCUGCAGUACUCCCAGGGCCUGGUCAGCGGCUCCAACGCCCGCUGUGUCGCCCUGCUUCGUGCCUUGCAGCAGGUGAUUCAGGAUUACACAACGCCUCCUAAUGAAGAGCUCUCAAGGGACCUGGUGAACAAACUCAAGCCCUAUUUCAGCUUUCUGGCUCAGUGUCGCCCCCUGUCGGCCAGCAUGUACAACGCCAUCAAAUACCUUAAUAAGGAGAUCACAGCCGUGAGCAGCUCCAUGCGGGAAGAGGAGGCCAAGUCAGAACUUCACAACGCCAUAGACCGGUAUGUGCGAGAGAAGAUCGUACUUGCUGCCGAGGCCAUUUCCCGCUUUGCUUAUAAGAAGAUCAGUAAUGGAGACGUGAUCCUGGUAUAUGGAUGCUCGUCUCUGGUAUCACGAAUCCUGCAGGAGGCUUGGGCUCAGGGCCGGCGCUUUCGGGUGGUAGUGGUGGACAGCCGGCCGCGGCUGGAGGGAAGGCACACACUCCGCUCCCUUGUCCGUGCUGGGGUCCCUGCCUCCUACCUGCUGAUUCCUGCAGCCUCCUAUGUGCUCCCAGAGGUUUCCAAGGUGCUAUUGGGAGCUCACGCACUCCUGGCCAAUGGGUUUGUGAUGUCCCGGGUAGGGACAGCCCAGCUGGCCCUGGUGGCACGAGCCCAUAACGUGCCAGUGCUGGUCUGCUGUGAAACGUACAAGUUCUGUGAGCGGGUACAGACGGACGCCUUCGUCUCGAAUGAGCUGGAUGACCCUGACGACCUUCUGUGUGAGCGAGACUGCGUAACCCUGGCCAACUGGCAGAAUCUCCCGUCCCUCCGGUUGCUGAAUCUGGUCUAUGACGUGACCCCCCCGGAACUCGUGGAUCUGGUGAUCACGGAGCUGGGAAUGAUUCCUUGCAGUUCUGUACCUGUUGUCCUACGAGUCAAGAGUAGUGACCAGUGAGUGGGGAACCUCAGGAUCAAUAAAUGACGUACUCCCUGC